AUGCUUGACGCAGAUUCGACAAUUUAUGCACUAUCUACAGCACCCGGAAGAGCGGCGAUUGCAGUAGUGCGAGUCUCCGGGCCAGCGUGCGCCUCGAUCUAUAAAGCACUCUGUCCUCAAUCCCCCCUCCCCAAACCACGCUUCGCGGCACUGCGAACCCUCUACGACCCCGACCAUUCACCUUCCACAAACACGGUUCUCGAUGCCGGUGCCCUCGUCCUCCACUUCCCUGCCCCAAAAACAGUCACAGGCGAGGAUGUACUAGAACUACAUAUCCACGGCGGGCCUGCCAUAGUCAAAGCCGUUCUCGGCGCGAUCGCCCGAACAAAUCAUACAGAUGCAGUGGUCCGAUAUGCCGAACCGGGCGAGUUCACGCGCCGGGCAUUCAUGAACGACCGCCUCGGUCUCCCGCAGAUCGAGGCGCUCGGUGAUACGCUUUCUGCGGACACGGAGCAGCAGCGUCGGCUGGCAGUGCGUGGCUCAAGCGACGCCCUGCUUACGCGCUACGAGCGUUGGCGUCAGCAGCUACUCUAUGCGCGCGGCGAAUUGGAGGCCUUAAUUGAUUUUUCCGAGGAUCAGCAUUUUGAUGAGUCGACCGAGGAGCUGGUCUCUUCUGUUGCGACGCAGGUACGUGAUCUGCAGGUCCAGAUCGGGUUUCAUAUCCAGAAUGCGUCGAAGGGUGAAUUGCUUCGUAAUGGGAUUAAGGUUGCGCUCUUGGGGGCUCCGAAUGCUGGUAAGAGCUCAUUGCUAAAUCGUGUUGUGGGGAAGGAGGCCGCUAUUGUUAGUACCGAGGAAGGGACGACAAGAGAUAUUGUUGAUGUUGGCGUUGAUCUUGGAGGUUGGUAUUGCAAACUCGGUGACAUGGCGGGUAUCCGUGCGGAGGGAAAUGGUACCGAUUCUACCGGGCGGAUUGUUAUAGGUGCCGUCGAGAAGGAAGGAAUUCGCAGAGCGAGAGAAAGAGCUUUGCAGUCUGAUGUGGUCGUGGUAGUUGUCUCACUCGAGGAAAGUUCCACUGGACAGGAGCGUCUUUUUGUUGAACCCGAGGUUCUUGAUGCGGUUAAUGAUUGCGUCAAGGCUGAGAAGUGUUUAGUUGUUGCCAUCAACAAGUGUGACAAGCUUUCAGUGGAAGAAAGAAAUGGUCGUCUACCCCAGUCUCUGGAGACUACUAUCUCUACUGUCUUCCCGGCCGUGCGAAAGGAACGUGUUUUCGCCAUUUCCUGCAAUGAAGCAGAGCGUGGGCUUUCGCCGCUGAGCCAGUCUGACCCAGGCCACCUACAAUCAUUUCUACGUGGAUUGAUCUCGACAUUCGAACAAAUCGCUUCACCGCUAGGCAUGGAUGGAGAUAAUAGUGGCCAAUAUGAUAUUUCCUAUUGGGAGGACUCAUUGGGAGUCACUCAUCGACAAAGCUCGAAUCUAGAAAAAUGCCUCGACCACCUGGAAGAUUUUCUGUCCCAGACCUCCUCCGCUUCCCCAACCCCCAAUUCGCCUCUACCUUUGUCCCCAAAUGGAAUUUUCGAAGAAGCCGAAAUUGACAUUGUCACCGCUGCUGAGCAUCUGCGUUUUGCGGCGGACAUGCUCGCUAAAAUCACCGGCAAAGGCGAGAGUGGAGAUGUCGAAGAUGUGCUCGGGGUCGUAUUCGAAAAGUUUUGCGUUGGCAAGUAA